ACUGCCUUCACCUAGCGGCGAAAGGCGCGCGCAAGCGCGGACCCGCGCCGGCGCGUGUUGUUUGUGGCGGUUGGUGUGAAUUGCUUACGUCUUUUGUGCUAGUCUGAAAACGCACACUGUAGGAGAUAUGCUGGCCAGAGUUUGUGCAGCAAAAUCUCGCUGACAUUGCCGCCUUGUACUGCUGCAUCAUGGCUUCGGCUGGCGAAACAGACACGGAAGAAAACAAGCCCUCGCUUUUCAAGCUCCACAAGUCUGAAGGCAAGAGGCUUCUGAAGGAAGGGAAUGUCCGUGGAGCAUUACAGGCUUUUGAAAGAGCUGUUGAGUGCCAGGCUGACGACCGCCUGCACGCCAAAAUGGAGAAAAUGCGAGAGUUUUUGAAGAGCGAGGAAGACCAAGAAGAUUGUGACAGUGACAUGGUUGAAAUCGGCAAUGGUUUUUUCCUUUAUCAAGCCAUUGAACGAAAGCUUUACGCAUACCAAAGAGCUGGCUUGCUCUGGAUGUGGGAGUUGCACCUAAAGAAACGUGGUGGUGUUCUGGGUGACGACAUGGGCUUGGGCAAAACUAUUCAAGUUGUUGCCUUUCUUUCAGGCAUGUUUGACAGCGAAAUGAUAAAGAGUGUCUUACUCAUUAUGCCUGUGUCCCUAAUUGCCAACUGGAAGAAAGAAUUCGAAGCGUGGGCUCCAGGCAUCAGUGUGUAUGAAUACCACUCGGGGUCCAAGAAAGAGCGAGAGAGAAACCUGGCCAGGGUCCAGCGACGUGGUGGUGUCCUCUUGACAAGCUAUGGCAUGGCACAGACAAGCUAUGAAGCAUUUUGUACCCAAAAUGGCCAACAGUUUGUAUGGUGCUAUCUGAUUCUUGAUGAAGGCCACAAGAUCAAAAACCAGACGAAAACAACAAAAGCCAUCUAUGAGAUUCCAGCUAAGCACCGGCUUGUGCUCACGGGUACAGCCAUCCAGAACAAUCUUCAAGAACUGUGGGCACUGUUCAACUUCACACAUCAAGGUGCACUUGUGGGCUCAUUGGCUACAUUUAAGCGUCAAUAUGAGACUCCUAUCAACAGAUCACGUGAAAAAGAUGCCACUACAGGAGAGAAACUUCUAGGCGUUGCGAUAGCAGAACAGCUACGGUGCUUGAUAAAGCCAUACUUUUUGAGGAGGACAAAGAAAGAUGUGCUUGAGAACAAAGAGAACAGCGAAGGUGGCAAGGCUUCUUUGCGCCCUAAGCUAGCAUUCACUUCAACGAAAAAUGACCUUGUCAUCUGGAUAUACCUGUCUGAGCUACAAAAGAAAAUAUAUCGGGAGUUCCUUGAGUCUGAUGAAGUAGCCAAUAUUCUCAUGACCAAGAAGUCGCCCCUUGUGCAACUCACUGUACUUAAAAAAAUUUGUGAUCAUCCGAGACUUCUUUCAAAGCAAGCAUGUGUUCAAAUGGGUAUGUAUGACGACAUGACCAGAGAAGAAAUUGAAAAAUUUCUUGAAAGGGAAGAAGGAACGUCAGUGUCCAUUGGUAAUGUAUCAGAUAAUGAUCUGCUUGAAGAGUCUGGAAAGAUGACGUUUGUUCUACAGCUUUUGACAAUUCUCAAAGCUGAAGGUCAUCGCACGCUUCUUUUCUCUCAGUCAAGAAAGAUCUUAGACAUUAUUCAUCGAAUUCUCACUAACAGGAGCUUUAGAGUUACUCGACUUGAUGGUACAAUCAGCAAACUCUGUGAACGUGACCGUAUUGUCACACAGUUUCAAAGCAAGGACAAUGCUGAUGUCUUUCUACUUACCACUCAGGUUGGAGGUGUUGGGCUAACUUUGACUUCUGCUGACAGGGUCAUUAUUUAUGACCCAUCCUGGAACCCAGCCACGGAUGCUCAAGCUGUCGACCGUGCUUAUCGCAUAGGGCAACAAAAGAAUGUUGUGGUUUAUCGCUUGAUAACAUGCAGCACAGUGGAAGAAAAAAUCUAUCGCCGCCAGAUAUUUAAAGAUUCUAUCAUAAAGCAGACAACUGGGAAGCAAAGGGACCCCAUGCGCUAUUUCACAAAACAAGAGUUGAGGGAGCUUUUUUCUCUUGAAAACCCCAACCACUCUGGCACACAGGUUCAGCUUUCUCAGAUGCACUCAUGGAACAAAGACACUAACCCUGCCCUUCAAGAUCACAUUGCCCUUUUGCAAAGGAAGAACAUCUUUGGUGUCAGUCAUCAUGACCUUAUGUUCUCCGAAGAAUCUCGGGAAGAUGCAGAAGAUGAAUUCGUGCCUGGAGAAAUCGAGCGUGUAAAGGAGCGUGCCAGGAUGGCACAACAUAUGAUCACAGUGGAAAGUGACAUGGCACUGGAUGAGAUUCAAAACAAGGAAUCCUACACUGUGCCCAUCAAUAAUGCUGUGAAAGCUCGACCAACAGAGCAACGAGCAAGGUCACCUAAGCGUAAUCUCUUGCCUGGUGUGCCUAAGGACCGAGAUGAGGGUAUGUCAUCCAAGUGGAACAAGGCUUUGGUGGUGAUUGAUGAUGAUGUCCACAUUGAUGGUGUCGAUUCGCUUAACAAGUCAUUAGCUAACAUGACUGUCCAGACAUCAGAAAACGAUGGUAGCAUCAUAGUUGAUGAUUCUGAGGAAGAGCUCUUUCCUCCUAGCGAAGAUAUGGAUUCUAUUGUGAUAGACACAGAUGAGGAGUUGUCAGACUCUUUGGAAGAAGUGGACAGCACUGCAAGUUCCAAGAUGGAGAAGCAACCUUUUCUUGCUUUGAGCACAGCUGACGACAGAGUUUUUGCAAAGGCUGAAGAUCAGCUUGGAAAUGAUGCGGAGUGUGACGUGCAAAUUGUGAAUAUGGAACAGGCGGGUAAGGAACCACUCAUCAAGGAUCAACAAGAUCUAAUGGCUGACCGUUCAUUUCAAGAACUGCAUGAAUCGCCUGCAGAGUUGAUGCUCGGAGUGCAAGACAAACACAGCACAUUGGAACAAAGCAAAUUGCCUUCCUUUUUAGAAGAAAUGGAAGACAACCCCACUAGCAAGGCCACUCUACAAGGAAGUUUUGACAAAGGUGCUCAAAAGUCAGCAUGUAGAUCCUUGUUUAGUGAUGAUGGAGGCAGCGGGGAGCUCAAUAAGGACACCCAUAGCAAAUAUUUGCACACCGCUGAACAUGGAAAGAGACAUCUCAAGAAGCGUUUGUGGAAUUCCCCCAGCCAUUCAUCCUUUAUUCAGAUAGAGGCAAAGCACUUUCAGCUUUCUCCAUCUGUCCUGCAAAAGGAAGGUGACAGUGAUACAAGAACUCCACAAAAAGAUAUUGGCACACCGCAAAAUCUUUUGCCCAGAAUGGCAGCAAGCAGUGCUUCAUCUCCUGCCAGGCCAUCUGUCAGCCAGCAAAGGCUUCAAAGUACACCAUUGUCUACUCCUCCCAAGCGAAUUGCACCAUUUUUUGUAGGCUCACCACAGCGAUUUUCACCAUCAUCAUGCCAAAAGGUGCCACCAAGUCCCUUCCAGGAGGCCCUUGCAAAGUCUGUAGAAUAUGCUAAAGAGGAUGUGACACCCCUGAAGGUGCAACAAACUUUAGGUGCUCAUUCAAGCCAGGCUUCUAUUCAUGUUGUGUCAUCAUCGGAGGAUGAAAAGAAUGCCUCCGAAUCAAGUACCGGUGAUGAUGACGAUGAUGUGGUGGUUCGCAGACGUUUUAAGAAGGGAACAGUUGUGAUCACUGACAGUGAUGAUGAAACACCUUGAAUACCUUGUAAAAAAAUUAUUUUGCUAUUGCUCUUGCUGGCUGUAGCUUCUCUUCCCCAUUUGCAAAAAUUAUAAAGACAAAAUUAUGACAAGUAUUUCGUGCCAUAUGCUUAUUCAUUUCUGCCCGUUUCUUAAUUUCUGAGUGGAUGUUUUGCAAUAUGUAGUAGCAGUGGUACUUAAAAAAAAAUGAAAAGGCAUGAUACCUGCAACGGUGGACACCUCUACCAUGAAUUUUUGUAAUUGCCAUGUGGUUAAAGUGAAUAUUGCUGCUCUGAAAAGAUGGCAGUAAUUUCUUUGUGCACUGUUGGCAGCCUUGUCAUACUACUGCUGGGAAGAGGCUUCCCCCAGCAAUCUCCCUAGUGUGCCUGUCCCACUUUAAUGUCAGUUGUUCCUGGCUGGAAUGGAAAGUUUGAAAGUGAACACAGACCAAGGCGAGGAGAGGGGAUGGGGGGGGGGGGGGACAAGUGCUACAAUUUGUUCCCCACUCCUCACCUGUGUUCUGAUCUCAACUCUGUUUGGCUCUAAGUGUUUUGUGUAGUUCUUUGUAUUUUAUAAGUAUUUUAUGUAGUGACAAAUAUUUUAUGUUCUGCUGACAAUGAGUGGUGGUUGCUUUUUCCUUUGCAUGCAAAAUUGUUUAAUGUUUGAGUGCAUGGUAUGCAGCAUGCACACCAUGUGUGCAUGGUUUUUGAAGGCUGCUGCUGCUGCUCAAGUGCAUCCUAGAGAUUUUUCGUUUUUUGCAGACACGUACCAAGAAAUGACUGCACAAAGUUUUUGCUGGAAGUUGUGCUAGGAGCACUGAUUACUGCUUUACUUUGAGUGCUGCUUGUCAACUUCAGACACAUAACAUGUUUGCCUGCUAGUCUAUGCCAGUUUGGCUGUAUAUUUAAAGUUGGCUCGGUAACUUGCUUGCGAGUUCGAGAAAAAUUGGCGCAAAAUCUAGGUGGACCAUCGUCAUAACCCUGCUGUAAAAGUUUGGUGCUUAUGACGGUAGGUCUGGAAAAUGGCACUGUACAACAUCCAGUCUCUAUCCCAUUUCUUGGCAAAUGUGAAUUUGCUGGGUUCCAUGCGACUAAAACUUGUGCAAUCAUUCGUGUGUUUAAAUUUGCAAAUAAAUGUUAAGUUAAUGCCUACUACCCCAUAUCACGAGUGAGCAUUCCAUAAAAAAGACUGCUAUAACUAUAUAUUAUUGCAGUCUUUUGGAAAUUUUUCUUUUUCUCAAACAGAAAACAAAAAAAAAAGGGGGGGGGGAUAAUAAAGGGCUGUUUUGUAUGCUAAGUGUUGAUGUGCACUGAAUUUCUGCAUGAAUACAUAAUGUUUUGUAUUCCAUCCCUAUUACAAUGCAGCAGCAGAAGUUCAUGGACACUGCAGUGGUUGCCUGUGCAAAUUGCAGCUUGAUAAAUAUUCUUGAUUUUAGAACAUGGAAAAUACCAAUUCUAUUAGUUGCUCAUGUGCAUUAUUGUGUUGCCCAUUGUCAUCUGAUACGUAGCUAUGUUUCAUCCCUACACUUAAAUGUAGGAGAUGUGAAUGUUUGAAACUUUUUGAAAUGGUUUGAAUUUUGUACAAUUCGAUUCGGUGUUCACUGAUCAAACAAAAUUGGGGCUAACAUGUGAUAAAUUUCACGCGGUGGCCAUAGUAGACAAAGUAUGAUAUGUUGCUUAGUGGUGUACACUCGAGGUGCCAGACUUCUUCAUUCUUUGCUUCGCAUUCAAAUAUGGAAAAGCCUUGUCCUCUGCUGUCGCUUCUCUCAGAAUGCAGGGGUCCUUUUCAGCUUACAUCCCCACACAUCCUGUUGAGUGCUUAAUGGACUGAGCUUUCAGUGGUAUGGUCAUGGUGCGAGUGCAUGCAUUAGUGUUGUAGGUUACCACGAGACCACCAUCACCUCAGGGUUCCAUGAUAUAUGUUUCCAGCUUCACAUGUGAAGCCACGCUGCUUUAGGACACAUUUGGACUAGUUGCAUAUAAAGGUGAUGCAAUUAUAUGUGAUCUUGAGAAAUUGAGAUUUCGUAGUGCAUUUAUACUGGGUUGACAAAAAAUAUGAUUAAAAUUUGUCACUAAUGUAAGCUGGAUUGGUAAAUUAUAGGGGUGUUCAAAUAGUGAAACAUCGAAAUUAAAUACAAUGAGAAAAAUGACUUCCAAAUGUUGAAUUGAAUAUUGAAUAUUUUUUCAAUUUUAAACGAAGUGAAAUGUGAAGUUUGUGUGGAGCCCAUGUGGUGAAAAAAAUUAGGCUCACAUACAUUUGACAUACAUGGUACCAUUUGCAUUUGGAUGUCCAGACAACUGAUGAACUCGUCAGUAACAACUGCUUUUGUUUAUCUCUGGCACCAUAACAAAGGCAGUAAUGAAACAACGGAACAUGUCACCAGGUGCAUGUAAAGUGUUGUUGAAGGAGAGAAGUGUAGAUACUACAACAGUACACAUUGUGUUAAGAUGCUAACGUGGUGAGACUGGCGAAAUAAUAAAACAAAAAAUUUGUAUACUGCCUAAAAGCGAGGCAUUACUGGUUUUAAGUUAUCUGCCUUGUGCGCUCACUCGGGAACUGGUGUGUGUGUGUGUGCAGCAGUCCUACAACAGAAUCAUUUGGAACAGUCCUCGCAUGCUGUUUUUUCUCACUCGAGGCUCCAAUAUUAAACAAAAAUGAAUAUUUGAGAAUAUGAAGUAGUAAAUUCUCUAAUCAAAUAUCAAUUGAAUAGCAGUGAUUAUUUGAUUCAUAUUCGAAAUUCAGAGUACUUCUCACCCCUAGGAAAUGACAGUUCUGGAAUACCAGAAAUGUCUGUCUUACUGGGAGCAGUCUUUGUUAGCCAGAUAAGCCGUAAAGACCAAGGACUGGCU